GCUGUGUUGAAUCAGUACGUUGACUGCUGUACGCCCGGUAUCCUUAUGCUCAUACCGGUACUUUUCAUAAGAUAUUUAAGUAGUUAGACGCUCUUUUUGCUUUUACGAUGAUAUGUGUAAGCGGACUUUCUGUGGCGCUGGCCCUCGCGCUCGUGCCGAGCUUCAGUGAUGCUUUGAAAGAUGGAGAAUGUGAUGUUUGUGUGGGAUUUCUGGAACGCUUUUACCAGACGCUACAAGACAAUGAUGUUAAAUUCAACAGUGACUCUAUUGAAAAAGCUCUUCUAAAAGCUUGCAAAGAUGCCAAAGGGAAAGAAAACCGCUUUUGUUAUUAUAUAGGUGCAACAAGCGAUGCAGCUACAAAAAUGACUAAUGAAGUUUCCAAACCCAUGAGUUACCACAUGCCAGCAGACAAGAUCUGCGAAAAACUCAAAAAGAAAGACACCCAAAUUUGUGAACUGAAAUAUGAUAAACAAGUUGACUUGAGCACGGUCGACCUCAAGAAGCUGAAAGUGAAAGAUCUGAAGAAAAUUUUGGAGGAAUGGGGAGAGUCCUGCAAAGGAUGUGCGGAGAAAUCUGACUUCAUCCGCAAGAUCAAUGAGCUCAUGCCCAAAUACGCACCUAACGCGGCCAAGGCAAGGACAGAUCUGUAAACACGCACUUAAUAAUGGGACCCAAGGCAGUGGCCAAAACCGUUUAGGGUGGAAGGUUCGGCUAACUGACCACCUAACAGUGGGGGUUUGCAUUGUGCUGUCACUUUACCAUGCUCUCCUGGGGUCAACAUCGUGAAUUCAAGCAAACACAUUACCAGGCAAAUACAACUUUUCAUUUAUAACCUGUGACACAGGCUCGAUGAGAUCCACCACGACCUGCAUUUACCUCCAGAUGUUAUGGUAUCAUUUGACACACUUUGCAUAGUUUGAAUAUAUAAAUAGAUUGUUUUUGAGGGGAUUGGCUUUACUAGUUGACUCGUAUUAAAUGACAUGCACGGUAAGAGUCUUGCCUUCAAGACCUGUGGGUCAGUUUGAAUGGACUUUGCUGUAAAAUGUGUUUAAUAUGGUUAUACUCAUUUUUUCAUUAAAAGAUGAAAAAUA